AUGAAAGGUGAAAUCAUGUUUUGUUACUGUUAUUUUUUUGUUUGCAAGACAUAAUACUUUCUCAAGAGCAUGCAUGAAAAGGAAAGUGAUUACAACUUGGGUAAUGCAUACCUUCAAUGCCAUUCCCUACUUCAGUAACCAAGGGUCAAAGGAAGGACAAGCCGCUAUAAUUGAAACAGUACACAGAGCAAAAAAAGAAACAGAGAAAGAACCAGAUGGCGAAUACUGUACAUCCAAAGCAAGAUCAGAAGGUGCAUACGAAGCUUGCAACGAGGUUUAAGCAAUUUUCAGAAGUUGCAACAGUGCAUGGCGUACACAAAGUAGCAAAUUCUACAUCUCGGAGUCGAAUGAUAGCCUGGUCCGUUCUAUGCUUGACUCUUGUUGGCCAUGCUGUCUACUCUAUUUCAAGUUCAGUAAAGGAAUACAUGUCGUACCCAACGCUAACAUAUAUAAAAAAGGAAACAAGCAAUAAAAUGGAUUUCCCAAGCAUCACGAUAUGCAACGCGAAUAAUUAUCGUCUGAGUGCUUUGCAAUCGAUGUCAUCAAACGAUACAGACAUCGAGCAACUAUUAGCUUCCUAUUUACAGACAAGCUUACAAACCAAGAACGUUUUGCCAUUAUCAAGAUCAGAUGUCGCAAUGAAAUAUUCCAGUGCCCUUUUAAACAGUACAACGAUAAAAACCCUGAGCUCGUCAAUCGAGUGGAUGAAGUGGAACUUUAAGGACUGGUGCAAGUUUUCAUUCAGUAUCAAAUGUGAGUCCCCCGAAGAUUUCACAGACUAUUUCUAUCACUCAAACACAGGUGUUUGUCAGACAUUCAACUAUGAUGGAAAAUACAGGCAGAUCGCACCGGGUGCUCCGUUUGGUUUAAAACUUAAACUGUUCACCAACGAGUGGGACAAAGUGCCACAAUUCUCAGACGGUGGCGCUGGCAUUCGUAUUAUGAUACAUCCCAAAGAUAUCUACCCUAACCCAUUUGCUGAUAGUAUGUUGGUUCCAACGGGGCACUUGGCAGACAUCCCCAUACAUAAAGUAAUUACUAAGCGGCUAAAAAGUCCCUUCAAAACAAACUGCACAAACGGUGAUGGAAAAUUUCUGAUUUUCCCAGGCAAUUAUACUGUUGGUAAUUGCCAAUACAGUUGUUUCUUCAAAAAAGCCCUCGAAGAAUGUGGGCUUAUAGAGCCCGCUUACAAGUUUCAUAAGCCUCGUGAAUUUCAAGAGAGUCUGAAACGUUUUCAAGAAAAUAACAGAAGCAAAGCAGACCUGUCGUCUUGUUUCCAUCAUCUGAAAAUAGACGAAGAUGACUGCAAAUGCCCCCCAUCUUGUUACGAAGAGAAAUACCGAACAAAAAUCAGUUAUUUGCAAUGGCCAACUCCAGCCAACAUUCCCUAUUAUCGCUCGCUCAUGGCAAAUUUUACUGGUCGAGAAAAAAUCACAGACGCUGAUGUACAUGAAAAUAUCGUUUUUCUGAAAAUAUAUUUUGAUGAACUUAGUUAUGACAUCAUAGCUGAACAGGCAGUCCAUCUUUGGCCAAGGUUUUUUGGGACAGUGGGUGGUCAACUUGGUCUAUGGAUGGGAGCAUCAGCGUUUUCGAUAAUAGAAUUUUUCUUAUUCAUUGCUGACGCAGUGCUUGAAAUGUGUAGAGGCAAAGUAAGGAAUGAUGACAGCAGCAACACAAGUGCCUAAACAAU